GGCCGCUCGAGCGGCGAUUCAGUCAGUUUCUCGCUAUGGAUGGAAGACUGUACGUCUCAAUUGUAUGGUGUUUGUCUUGUUUUGUGGUGAGCACGAUCAAGUCGUCGCCGGUGCACGACCUUUACACCACCCGUAGACUUUUUUCAACAAAUUAUGACGACGAUUACCGGACUAAUUACCAAGAUUACGAUCAAAGUGAGCAGUGGCCGCAGCAGCAGGGGACCGCCGCAAAGCUGACCCGCGGUGCUCGCAACACCGACAACCACAAUGAUCUGCAGGUGACAGGACUCAGGGUGGAGGCAGCUGAGCGUGAUCCCACUUACGAUGAGAAUGGAGUGCCUGUCCUCCUGGUGGGUAUGACGGCCAGAAUCAGACUGUUUGGCACAGGAUUCACUGACACUACCUGGGCUGCCGUCACCGCUGUUCCUGGUGAUCGCGGCGAUAAUUGCCAACACCCCUCUGAAGAUGUUUAUCUGGUCGAACCAAAAAGCAAAACGAACACGUCAGUGCAGGUCAAAGUGCGUCUACCCAGUACGGCGCGUGACGGCACCACCUUCUACAUCUGCACCAAAGCUAGCAACGGCAGCCGAUGGUUGUAUGCGGGAGACAGCGACGAGCCCUGGCUCCAAGUCAAGGCGUUCCAAAAGUUGCUGCCACUGUGGCUCAGCAUCGUCAUCAUCGUUUUCCUGCUGGUUCUCUCUGGCCUCUUUUCGGGACUCAAUCUGGGACUGAUGGCUCUGGACAAAACUGAGCUCAAGAUCGUGGGCAACACCGGCACCGAGACUGAGAGAAAACACGCCAAGGCGAUUGAGCCAGUGCGUUCGCACGGCAACUACCUGCUGUGUUCACUACUUUUAGGUAACGUGCUGGUGAACUCAUCGCUGACCAUUCUGAUGGACGACCUGACUUCGGGAGCGGUGGCCGUCAUCGGAUCAACCAUCGCCAUCGUCAUUUUCGGUGAGAUAGUGCCGCAGGCGAUCUGCUCCAGACACGGCCUGGCCGUCGGCGCCCGGACGGUGUACAUUACUAAAACGUUCAUGUUCAUCACCGCGCCCCUUUCUUAUCCAAUCUCGCUGCUGUUGGAUAAAAUUUUGGGCAAGGAGAUCGGAAACGUGUACAAUAGAGAGCGUCUAAAAGAACUCAUCAAGGUCACAAAUGAAUACAAUGACUUGGAAAAGGAAGAGGUGAAUAUCAUUUCUGGUGCGCUUGAGCUGAAGGAAAAAGUGGUGCGAGACGUGAUGACCAGCAUUGAUGACGCCUUCAUGCUCCCCGAAGACGCGGUUUUAGAUUUUGAAACUUUAAAUGAGAUAAGAGAAAAAGGUUACUCUCGAAUUCCGGUCCACGAGAUUGGCAACAGGUACCACAUUGUCAACAUCUUGUACGCCAAGGACCUGGCAUUCGUCGACUCGCGGCUAAACAUGCCCGUCAGUGUGUUUUGCAAAUUCCACCCUCGUAACUUUGAGUUUGUGUUUGAGGACGUCACCCUCGACCACAUGCUCAAGUUGCUCCGUGAAGGCUCAAAGGGACACAUGGCUUUCGUUCUCAAAGUUGUUACUCAAGAUGAAAGGGAUCCGUACUACGAUCUCGUAGGUUUGGUUACACUGGAGGACAUCAUCGAGGAAAUGAUCAAAGCGGAAAUCGUGGAUGAGACAGAUAUGUGGUCCGACAACCGGACGAAGCGUCAGUUGGAUAGAAAUACGUACAACGUGUCACUGUUCAUCGGCAAACGAGAGAAGCAAAAGCUCGUCCUUUCACCCCAGCUAACCUUGGCCGCUUUCCAAUUUCUCUGCACAUCGGUGUCUCCAUUCAAGCCUGAGGUUAUUUCACUCACUGCUUUGCGGAAACUUCUCGAGGAAGAUGUUAACCGACAGAUUAAACUGAAAAGGAGGGGCAUUGUGCAGGAUCCACAAAAUCUUGUUAUUUACGAAAAGUGUAAGCCAUCCAACUAUUUUGUACUCAUUCUUGAGGGCCAGGCUGAGGUUUCAAUAGGAAAUGAAAAUCUGGUUUUCGUCGCACGUCCGUUCACAACCUUUGGAACAGAAUUUUUCCUGACAGUCAGCGAGUCUCCCCUUGUUAUUACGCCGCCAAGUUUGCCCGAAUACCAGCCAGCAGAGUUUUUGCCUGAUUAUACUGUCAGGGCUCAUACAGACGUCACUUUCAUCAAAAUACCAGUGUCCUUGUACAUUGCUGCGGUCCGGGCGACGAAACUGGACAAGUUGCGAGAAGACGGAGGCGCCUUAGAGGACCUGGAUCUUUCAAUGUAUAUGCUCCAGCAAGAUAAGACAUGUGACGAACUCAUAGCAUCGCCAGCUUCUGAAGUCCAGGAUGCUCCGCUAAUGGGAAACUCCAGCAGUCCGGGCACAGGCAACGGACCAGUCACGGUCAAGGAGAGGGAGCGUUUCUUGAGCUCCGGUCAGAUUUCACCACUUCCGCCGAGCCCUAGCGAGAGUCAAGGUCUGCUGCCGCAAGAAAAUACGCAGUUUUAGCGACAGCCCUCGCGGGGCAACUUUGCGCUGCCCCGCCGCUCACGGUGAUGCUUGCUGAGCCACAGCUGCGGCUUCGCCACUCAAGCUGCAUGCCGUGUCCUUUUAAGCUGUUGAUACGUGUUGCGAAGAAGUGCAUUCCUUCAAAUAGACUUUGAUUCUUUCCCUGUUAAAUAUGAAUAUAUUGUUACUAUUAUUAAUUUUAUUCAAGCCAGUUACCGCUGUUUUGUGAUUAGAAGAAAGGGUAGCACACACUGCUGCGUUAACUAAGAAAAUGUAUAAUGUAAUAUUUCCGUGCUAGAAAUGUUUCGGACCACAAUACGCACGCCUUUUGCCGUGCUGACUGUUGAGUGUAGAUUUUUCCUUUUGCUAAUUUUUGGUUCCAAAAAGAUGGUGCCAUAUUGAUAUUGUGUAAGCGCAAACAUGCAAUGCGAUGUUGCUUUCAGUCCUCUUAACCUAUGUAUACUUUUAGUCAUGAAAGUUCCAUGCCAGUUGAUUUUGUCGAAACGCGUGUGCGAAUGAUUAUGUGUGUGCUUCACUUCCCUUAAUGCAUUAGAGAAAACUAAUUUUUGAUGCAAUAUAAUAAUUAUCUGCCUCUUAAAAGUUAUAAUAUUGUAAAUCAUUGCUCACACGAGAAAGUCAAAAAUUUUGCGCAAUAGUGUCCAAAACUGUAGAACCACAGAACUAAGCAUCGUAUUCAAAGAAAUUUAACAGUUUGCAGGUACAGACUGUCAGAAGUGCUAGUUCAGCCAAAUCAUAACAUGAAAUAUAUUAUGAAUUAUAAACAUUACAUUGAUACCUGUACCUGAGAAAUUCUUGUAAGGAGGAUUUAAUUAGAGUUGUCAUGAAAUUCCUGAAAAUUUACUGUUGGUAUUCAAUUCAAUUUGACCCAUAUCUUUUACAGAACUUGAUUGUUUCAUCCGCGAGUCUGUAAAAUUAUACCAUUACACAUAAUGUUGUCAUCUUGGUUGAUGCUUACUUCCUCUAGUUUGUUCAGCAAAAAUUACUCAACUAUGUAUAGCCAAAACUUCUAGUAACAUAAAUACAUAUGUAAUCGUGCAAUAAAUUAAAUAAAGUGACUCUUUAGCAGGUAUAAGAGCUUAGCUGAAUGCGAAUGAUAUAUAGUAAUUUGCUUAAUAUUUUGUGUCACGGAAACCUUUGCCAGAAUUGAAGAUUGAAACAUCCAAGAACCGCAUUUUAAAUAAAAGUUUAGAUUGAUUACCAUCAAUUGAAUUCGACAUAA